GCGCCCGGGGCGCGGCCGACUCAAGGCGGCGCGAGGCGGUGCGGUCGGCCGGGCAGCGGACCCGGCGGGGGAGCGGGGGAGCGGGCGAGCAAGGAGUUAAGCGGGGCCGGAGGCAGAGCGCUUGUCAGACGCGAGCAUGUGCAGUUUGCACCGCAUCCGUACUAUGGGGACAAAUGGAAGCCACCCAUCCACUAACCGAGAAUCAGCUGAGCCCUGGGGCUGAUGCUUGCCCACACUGUUGAGAAUGGCACCGAGGCCCAGCCAGGCACCGGGACAAAGGUUAACCCGGGACACUCCUGGACAGUGAUCCUGAUGUCUGUUCAGAGCCGCGCACUCAAGGGUGUGAUAACCUGUCUUGGACUUUUAUGGCGUUCUCUUCGCUCCUCUCAACUGCCCACUCUGCUCUCUGUCACCCUAAGGAAUAGCUCAGCAGGUUCCAAGAGCAGCAGGAGAAAGAAGCAACAUCCCGUGAACUGCUGGUUCCUCUUGAUGCAGGUAGACCCGGGGCUCCGAUCCCAGGGCUGAACAAGGAGUGUGAGCUGCCAUCCCACCUGACGACACUGUCUCACAUCCCCGUCCCUGUCCUCACCCCUGCCUCCUGGCCCCCGCCAGCUCUCCCCAUUCACCUUCCGUGGACCAGUCCAGGUCUCCUCAGACACGACCUGACCUCGCCUAGGGUUUGGGCGUCCAGCUCUUCCAAGUCACCUGCUCCGGGGUGUGGGCGUGGCUGGAGCCUCUGAUCUGUAACCGACUGGGAAACCAUUCUUGGCCUCCCCAAAAGAUCAGACCAAGAAGCAAGGAGAGUAGGGUUUUAAAAGCAGCACCAAGGAGGGGACUGACCAGAGUGAUGACUCCACCCGUUACAUGAGGCUGCUGAAGAGCACGUCUGAAGAAGUCCCUUCUCCGGAUCCUGGGGGACAGAGGGGCCAGGGCUACGAGUGCCUGUCAGGUGGACAGACCUGCGUUCAGAGGACCCUGAGUCGGGCAGGAGGCAGAGGGGUCUCCAGGCCACCACUGUCCACCCACCUCGGACUGCGGACCCCUCCUCGCUCCUCUCCAGCCCCAGUCAGCGCCAUGGCUUCCGCCGAGCCCCUGACGGCGCUGUCCCGCUGGUACCUGUACGCCAUCCAUGGCUACUUCUGCGAGGUGAUGUUCACGGCGGCCUGGGAAUUCGUGGUGAACUUUAACUGGAAGUUCCCGGGGGUCACGAGCGUGUGGGCGCUCUUCAUCUACGGCACGUCCAUCCUCAUCGUGGAGCGUAUGUACCUGCGCCUGCGCGGCCGCUGCCCGCUGCUGGUGCGCUGCCUCAUCUACACGCUCUGGACCUACCUGUGGGAGUUCACCACCGGCUUCAUCCUGCGCCAGUUCAACGCCUGCCCCUGGGACUACUCCCAGUUCGACUUUGACUUCAUGGGCCUCAUCACCCUGGAGUACGCCGUGCCCUGGUUCUGCGGGGCCCUCAUCAUGGAGCAAUUCAUCAUCCGCAACACCCUCCGCCUCCGCUUUGACAAGAACGCCGAGCCCGGGGAGCCCAGCGGCCCCCUGGCCCUGGCCAACGGCCACGUCAAGACUGACUGAGCCGGGGGAGCGGUGGGGGGCUGGGGGGCUCUCAUGGAUCCUGUGGACAAGGGUACCAAGCUGGUAGGGUUGCCCCCUCUGUACAGCACAAGCCCUGCCCCGUAGGGCACACGGAGCCCCCAUGCCCCACUCCCGCCACCGUGGGCGGGCGUUGGGGGCGUGGUCAGGCCUUGGGGGCGGGGCGUGGAGGCGGCAGGGGCACUUCGGGUAGGGUCCGUGGAUCUCAGCCCAGCUCAGGGGCGGGAGGCCUGUGGCUACACAGGGACGGGACUACGUGGGUGACUUUGGAAGCAGCAGGCCCUGUCCUGACUAAGGGACACUGAGAAUGGAGCAGAAGGUGGGAGGCAAAGCCUGAGGAGGCUUUGGGCUGCUGCGGCGGCCACCUGCCUCCCUCUCACCUGGUUUAGUUGGGCUUCGGCUGGUUCCAUUAGGCAAUAUUCAGGUGCUUGCUUGCAACCAAUACCUCCCCCAGGGGCCUGCUGAGCUGCAGCCUAAGAAGAGACUGGGCAGCCGGGAGGCUGCUGGGCAGGAGUGCUGGUCUGCAAGGGCUGGGAGGUCUUCCCUUGGCUCCUUUCCCCUCCCCCAGGGUCCCACGCUGAUCCCUUGGCCUUCGGGGGCUCCCCCCCUGGUGCUGGAUUCCCACCAACCUUGGGCUUUUGGAGGUUUCAAUCCCUGUGUGUUCGGCAGCAUUUCCCCCUUUUCUCUUAUUUUCAAAGUCUUUACCACUAGCAGCCCCUUUAUCCAUGUAAGCACCCCACCUGCCCCACCCACAACUCCCUAGGCAACACAGCAGCUGCCAGAGAUAGAGCCCUGAGCAGACCCCUCCAACCCUCUUGCAGCCUUCCCUCCACUAUUGUCGAUGGCCCGAUUCCUGAGAAGUCCCCCCUUAUGCCUCCCCACCCGCCCCGGUCUGGGGGGUUGUGGCAGGGCCCCUGGUGCUCACCUCCUUGCAGUGGCUAAAAACUAAUGAUACCCCCAACGCACAGUCAGGCCAUCUUGGGCCCCAUGGAUCCACAGUGGGGACCUAGAGACAAAUCAGUGUGAAGGGGGGAAGUUGGGCGGUAAAGGUGCCUGACUGGUUUAUUUUCAAACCAGCCGGGGCAGUCUAGCUUUCUAGGUGGUGGAGGAGCAGGUAUGCAGUGGUGGAGAGUCAUGGAGCCUGAGGGAGGGAGAAAGAGAGGGCCUUUCAGCUUUGGGAGGGUCUUCGAAGCAUCCUUAGUGGGAAUGGGUCAGGUCUGGUUCUGCCAUAGCCCCAGCCCUGCAGCAAAACCUCCUCAGCCCUCCCAGAAAGGCUGACCCACUGAGCGUGCUCCUUAAACAGUAUUAACCCUGCCGUGCUCAUGGGCAUUGUCAUCUCGGUUGCCCCGCCUUCCUGAGUGACAGGUCCAUUGCUGGCAGCAGACAGGUGAAAUCCUAACUCCAGCCCACUUCCAGCUCUGCCCCCUCCCUGAGGGGAGGGGUCCAUCAGAACGGAGCCUAUCCCAUGGUACAUGGUCUCUUCUUGACCACACUAUGACUCUUAGGUAGAAAUCAGCCUUUCCCUUUUUAUAGAACAUUAAAAGUGAUAAUACCACCUGUGGAGAGAAUCUCCUCUUCUUGCUGUACUGCUCCACCUAGACUGUGCAGACAGCACCAGCUAGGGCACAGGCCAGGGUGGGGAUGCUGGGGGUGGGCAGGGGUGGUGUCCUGGAUUGGGAGAAAGGCUGGGAGACUCUGCCUUUGGCAGGGUUGUGUUCUGCAGUGACCCUGUCCAGGACAGUUUGAAGGGCGAUCCCCAGCCUCUAUGUCCUGAGCAGGCUCCUCCAGUCCAGGCACGACCUACAUUCUGCAGGGGUUAACCCUACCUUUGAUUUUACUGUGGCCCCAAUUCAAGGGCUUGGGGGCUUCUAGGGGUUCAGCCUUCCAGUGGGGGUCAAUUGCUUUCCAUCUACAGGUGGAGGGGAUUCCAGAGGAAGAAUAGUGUCUGGUUCCCGGUUCUGUCUGAGUAAUUGUUUCCUCGGUCUUUUCCCCUUGAUCCACAUUAUCUCGGUCUCCUGGACCCCACUACCCCUCUAAGCCCCUUAGACCACACUACUCACCUUUGUUCUCCCCUCCACGACAGAAUCUGGUGGUCAGCUUGUUGAUGUCUCCCAGCCCAAGGCCUCCAUGAUUCUCUGCCAGAGCAAGCCCUUGGGUGGCCCGCUGGGUCUGGCUGCUCCAGAGGUUGCCCUGUCUGUUCCCUGGCACUAUCUCUCUGGGCCCUAUAAAAACUCCCAAGUGCGAGAGGUCCCCAAGUAAACCUGCCUGCCUGGCAACGUGCAGAGCAUUGUAUUUCUGCUUCAUCCAGGUGCCCUGAGGCUCCUAUUCUCCCUCGUAGGGGACAGAGCCCCUAGCAAAGGGAGGUGAUGACCUGGAGCUUGACCACAGGAUCUGUGUGUCUUCAGGGCCCCAAUCCCAUAGUGCCCAAGGACUCAAAGUUUGGAGUAAUCCCAGCCCUGCAAAGCAGAGAAUCUGCUUACUUUUUAUGAACCUCUGGUGUCCUGGGCCUCUCUCCACAGGACAUGGCAGCAUCUCUGAGUCACAGAUUGCCAUGUGCUGCCCUGCAUGGUUGAAUCGCUUCUGACAUCUGCUAGGCAUCCUGUCCCUUGUGCUGUGUCCCCUCCGAUGCCAGUGAGUCAAAAUGGUCUAUGCUUAUUCACAGCAAUAAUACCUAGGGAGUGCCCAUGAAGUCCCUUUGUCGUGGUCCCUCGCUUUCUGCAUGGGUCUCCUGGGGAGACAGCCACUGAGUGGGUCAGUUAGGAGAACCUGUAUUUAUAGAGCUCUGGGCUAUGCAGACAUCACCACAGGGGACGCAGAAAAUUGGGAGGCUCAGGCCUGGAGGACUUACGGCUAAGGCAGGGAGAGCACCUUCCACUCUGAGGCCACCCCAGGCCUGGAGGAGCGGCAGGUCCCUGCUCUACAAAAGGGCCCUUGAGGCGGGUGGGACUGUCUCUCAGCUGUGGCAGCUCUUCAGAAGGAUACCUGCCUGCUUUGUGCACCCAUUGCCUGCUCUGUCUCCAUUGGUCUCUUUGUCUCUUUCUUUUCACAUUCAUGCACACAAAAUAU